AUGUUACUCGUGUUGGAUUUUGACGAAACUAUCACCUUACAUGCUGGAAAGCCUGAUGAGUGGAAAGUGUUAUCAGAUGCGUACAUGAAGGACUAUGCUGCUGCAAAGGAGUCCGUAAGCAACAUUCAACCAGCAACAUUUGGUCAGUUACACACUUACUUGGAUGCAUUCGACAACGUUGAACGUGCGAGUAUUCAGCGUAUCACGGAAAGUCGGUUUUUUGAAGGAGUUGGCGAACGCGCUAUCAAAGAACUUGCCGAAAGCAUACAGUUGCGGCCUGGAUUUACCCAGUUUAUCACCUCCUUGCGACCAUAUCUUGAGUCAGGCCUUAUAAAGCUCCAUAUCCUUUCCGUAAAUUGGUCAGCCCUGCUCAUCAGACACACGCUAUGUUCCCAAGCAGCCCUUACUCCUGAACUGUUUUACAUUCAUUGUAACGACAUUCUUCUACAGUCAACUACCGGCAUCGCGACUGGUGCAAUGAGUCCAUACGGCAGUUCUGAGCCUAUUCACACAGCGACAGAUAAACUUCGCGUGUUCACAAAGCUCCAAAAAAGUGCCUUACAGAGUGUUUACGUCGGCGAUUCACUAACAGACUUGUACUGUUUGCUUCAAGCCAAAGUUGGAAUUUUUAUCGGUGAAAAAGACAGUGUUCUUGACGUUAUACAACGGAUGGUCUUGACUCUCAUACCGCUACAAGCAUUGGCUUCCGGCACACAUAAACAGGCUAUGCCACCUUUCGACUUAUCACAAAAAACACAGCCUGUGUGGAAAACGCGGACAUCUGUCCACGUCGCAAAACUGUACACGGCAACCACAUGGAGUGACAUAUCAUCGUUUCUCUUUCAUCAACAAAACGAUGCUCGAUAG